AUUCCAAAAUCAGACCGAUGAUUAUCUCCCCGUUUAUGAACUGGCUCAUUCAAAGACAGUUGCAGCGGGCAUUAGGCGACUAUCUGUCGUCACGAAUCGUGAUAUCCAUUGAGUCAACGACACCUUGCGAAUUGCGAAACAAUGCCCUUUCAUCGGAUUUUAAGUUGUGUUCAAUUGUGUCCUUGAGGCGGCUGUGUAGCAUGCCGUUGGAAUCCGUCCCUCUCUCAUUUGAGACCAAUCUCCUUGGUCCACUCUCAGCGGCCGGUGCGGUAAAGAUGAGCCUUCGAAUCCCUCUCCGAUCGUCUCGGCACGCCCGCUCGUCUCCGAGCUCGGUCCGUCGGCGCGGGCGGCCGGCACGCCACAGUCGACGGUAAAAAGUCGCCGUGUUGCGGCCGGCCAGUGAAAGUGGGGGUGUGCAGCGGGCGUCAGGUGGGCCGGAGCGCGGACAUCUGCCGGGUGGGGGCAGCACGGCAGGUACCGGUCACCCGUACACUGGUACCGGCGCGGUACAGUCGUGCGGUACUCCGAGAGCCAUCCCGCAGGGACGAUAGAAGCGGUUCACCGGAUACCCGGAGUUCUGAGGUGGCGCCGCACUGCUCUCAGUGACCGUCUGACUUUCUGCUGACGAAACGCGCUCAGCGGAUCUUCUAGUCCAUCGUCUGCCGCCAUGGGAACUCGAAAGCUGCCGCGGGCCCACCUGAGCUGACCCCGUCUGCAACUGCAACUCUCGUUUAAACCUGGCCAGGCGGACAUAUCGGGAUUUGGAAACGGCCGAGCUAUGCGGGCGCCGGUGCAGCAGCUGCUGUUGCGCCGCCGCUGGCUCUCAGUGACGCUCCUCCUUCUGCUGGCGGUGCUGCUGCUCCUCCUGACUGCCGGACUUCGGCGUCUGGCCGACCCAGCCGACCGCGCACUCUCCCGACGGGUCGCCAUCAUCGGGAAGAAGAUCCGCUCGCAGCCGGUGGUGAACCGCGCCUCGUUCGACCGUCUGCGGGAGCCGGCCGGGGACUGCCCGCCCGACACGGCCCUUCUGGUACUGGUCACCUCGGCGCUGACCAACUGGGAGCGCCGCCAGGCGGUGCGCGACACGUGGGGCGGCUCGGACCACCUGCGCGUCCACGUGGUGUUUCUUCUUGGAGACGGUGAACCAGACGACACAGAGCUGCUGCGGACGGAGGCCGACCGGCACGGUGACAUACUCCAGGAGAACUUCCGAGACUCGUACCACAACCUGACGCUGAAGACGAUGAUGGGUCUGCGCUGGGCCGCGGAACGCUGUCCGCAGGCCAAGUUUGUCGUCAAGACGGAUGACGAUAUCUACUGGAGCCUGCCGCUGCUGAUGUCUCAUCUGGAUUCACUGGACGAGAAAAGGUUUAUUACAGGGUGCAUCAAGCAGCUGUCUGCUCCUCCUGCUCUGAGCGCCGACGGCCGACCGGCGCCGCCGGGCCACCCGCAGUUCGCCGCUGGUGCCGGGUACGUCGUCAGCGGGGACCUGGUGGCUGACCUCUACCAGGCGGCGCUGCGCGUACCCCUGCUGCCAGUUGAGGAUGUCUUUAUCACCGGCUACUGCGCCAAAAUGGCACAGGCGUGGCCGCCAAAACAUCACACAGGAUUCAGCUGCGGCGACAUUCUGUCUGACGACUGUGACCUGGUGCAGCUGUUUAACGCGCACAAGAUCACCCCGGCGAGACAGUACCUUAUCUGGGACAAGUUCUCGACCGAGCCCAAUCCGUGCAUGGACUUCUGAGACCGUCUAUGUCGCCUCCGUCGUGUAGAAUCGUCGAAUGGUCGGUCACGCGGCACUCGCAGUCUGCGGUUGCGGGGCACACCGACACCCCCCUACCGUUAUAUUUUUGGUAGCGCUUUGUAUGCUGCUGUAUUGGCUGUGGAAAAUCCCGUGACAGCUAUAAAAGCUAUAUAAAGGUCAAAUGUUCCUUUGGGGAUUGUGAUGCACCCUGCCCCUGUUUUGACCAGGGAAGCAGGGCAAUGCGAGUCGUUUUUACUAGAUUUGUCAAUGAAAUAUAAAGGUCGCAUAUAAUGCAAUCCGGCAUUAACAAUGGCAAGAGUUUCAUCACAGUAAGCCGCAGAUUUUGGUGAUGCGGUCUCACCCUGCCACAAACUAGGGGAUUGGUAAGAGAGCUAAAUACUGAAGAAGUGAAGCUAAAUAUGAAGCCGACCUCUUGUAAGUUAUGCAGCGUUCCAAAACACUUUCGCCAACUGGGCUGGCGAAACGUUCCACAUACAACUUUCGCCGCUGAAUGCCGGCGUGACCAGACACCGCAUUCAUUUCUCCCGUCACCUGUAUUGUCUCCCACCACCCCUGGCACUCGGUACAUAACAAUACUAACACUGCCGGGCGAGCGCGGGUCGCCGGCGCUCCGCUGGAAAGCCAGAGUAUAACAAACUACGGUACAAAACUACGCCGUACGCACGACGCGCAAAAUACUGGCAAGCGGCGGCGCAUAUUGAUAUUCUCGGUAUACCAUCUGGGACCGAAAACGGCGAGCAUCGACACCCUAUCAGGGGCAGAGGUGGUUACAAAAUGACCAAUGACGAUACAGAGCCAUGUGAACGACGAAUCGCAACGGCUGAUGCAGAUAAAGGAUAAUAACUGUAAUACUAAUAAAGUGCGCCGUAACGUGAA